AUGUACUAUUCCUCGUCGAUGUUCCGCGAGGCCGGUUUCGACACGCGUAUGGCCCUCGUCACUUCUCUCGGAUGCGGCAUCACCAACUGGAUCUUCGCCCUGCCAGCCGUAUACACGAUCGACACCUUUGGCCGACGGAAUCUGCUGCUGACCACAUUCCCGCUGAUGUGUUUAUUCCUGCUCUUCACCGGCUUCUCGUUCUACAUACCCGAUCAAACCCCUCGGACAGCCUGCGUGGCGACUGGGAUAUACCUGUUCAUGAUCGUCUACUCGCCCGGCGAAGGGCCGGUGCCAUUCACCUACUCUGCCGAAGCUUUUCCCCUCUACAUCCGAGACAUCGGCAUGUCCUUCGCAACGGCCACAACGUGGGGUUUCAACUUCAUCGUCUCGCUGACCUGGCCGUCGCUCAACAAAUCGUUCACCCCCACCGGCGCAUUUGGCUGGUACGCGGCGUGGAACUUCUUCGGCUGGAUCUUCUGUUAUUUCUGUCUGCCGGAGACCAAGGCUCUGUCGCUUGAGGAGCUGGAUCAGGUCUUUUCGGUUCCGACGACUAAGCAUAUCAAUCACUACUGUGCGAUGCUGCCGUGCUCCACUCGUCCGGGAGCCGCUCGACCAGGCCCUUCAACUGAUAUGGACACGGAUCGUGUACAUGCCGAGCCCGCCUCAGACGGCGAGCGUGACUAUGAGAAGCAGGACUCGAAACCAGAGUAUCAGGAUGCGUUCGGGGACGAGGAGUAUGCCGAGGUGAAGUACAAGACCUUGAGUUGGUGGCAAUGUGGUUUUCUCAUGGUUGCAGAGACGGUGUCGCUGGGUAUCCUCUCCCUGCCGGCGGUGGUGGCUGCCUUGGGCCUCGUUCCAGCCGUCAUUCUCCUCGUGGCGCUUGGUCUGAUGUCCACCUACACCGGCUACACUAUUGGCCAGUUCAAAUGGCGUUAUCCUCACGUCCACAGCAGUGCAGAUGCGGGCGAAGUCAUCCUGGGCAGUUUUGGCCGGGAGCUCUUCGGAACAGGCCAAUUGCUCCUCGUUGUCUUCAUCAUGGCGAGCCAUAUUCUGACUUUUACCGUCGCCAUGAACUCGAUUACCGAUCAUGGGACGUGCUCGAUCGUCUUUGGAGUGGUUGCCUUGGUCAUUUCGUUUGUGCUGUGUUUGCCGCGGACGCUGGCCAAGGUCUCGUUUCUCUCCGUGGCUUCAUUCAUCAGCGUCUUUUCGGCUGUUCUGAUCGUCAUGAUUGCCGUUGGUAUCCAACGUCCAUGGCACGGCGGAGUCAAUGCCACCGUUGAUACCAGUUUAUACGAGGCUUUUCUUGCGGUCUGCAAUAUCGUCUUCUCAUUCUCCGGCCACGUCGCCUUCUUCGGCUUCAUGGCCGAACUGAAAAACCCCCGCGACUACCCCAAGUCGCUCUUCCUGCUACAAGGUAUCGACACAUGCUUGUAUAUUGUCGCCUCUGUGGUGAUCUACUGCUACGCCGGGGACGAUGUUACAUCCCCUGCGCUUGGCUCGGCCAGUCCGAUCGUGAAGAAGGUGGCUUACGGAAUCGCCUUGCCGACGAUCAUCAUCGGAGGCGUGGUGAACGGCCACGUCGCAUGCAAGUACAUCUACGUGCGAAUGUGGCGCCACAGCGACCGAAUGCACAAGCGAGAUCUUGUUGCGACAGGUUCAUGGGUGCUGAUUGGGCUGGCGACUUGGAUCGUUGCGUGGAUUAUUGCCGAGGCUAUCCCGGUGUUCAACAAUCUGUUGAGUCUGGUGGUAGGUGUCCUUGCUGGGUCGUUUGGGGUCAAGCUGAUGAUGAUGAUGCAGGCGUCGCUUUUUGCCAGCUGGUUUACCUACGGAUUCAGCGCCCUUUUCUGGCUGUAUCUCAACAAGGGCCGUUUCUUCUCGACUCCGAUGAAGACUGCGCUGACUAUCCUCAACGUUUUCAUCAUGGGCAUCGCAUGCUGCAUUUGUGGUCUGGGGCUUUAUGUCUCGGGCAAGGCCCUGCACGACGACCCCAGUAGUGCCAGUUUCUCGUGUGCGAAUAACGCCUAA